CUACGGCAGCAUAGCGAGUGUGCUUUAGAUGGUCGAUUCUGGGUGAUGUUCUGAGGUGUGCACGGGCAUUUCUCGGUGAAAACAAGUUGUUUUCCUUCCAAGUAAAUUUCACAAAUUGUUUUGAAAAUGGCAGAAAAUAGAGCACUUAAAUCAGGAUUUGCAGCUGAAGCUCACAACAAAAUAAAAUCGAAGUAUGACCCACAACUUGCGUUUCAACUGUUGCAGUGGAUAAAAGAUCUAACAAACGAAGAUAUUGAUACGGAUGGUGACAGCAAGAACUUCCACGCUACACUAUGUGAUGGAAAAAUACUUUGCAAGUUGAUCAAUAUUCUUCAACCAGGUACUAUCCCAGAAAAAAAGAUAAAUGACAGUAAGUUGGCUUUUAAGAAAAUGGAGAACAUUAAUCAUUUUCUCGAGGGUGCACAAAAGUUAGGAGUACCAUCUGAAGAGAUAUUUCAAACAGUCGACUUGUGGGAACAACAAAAUCUGACAGCGGUUUGUAUCUGCCUUCAAUCUCUAGCACGUAAGGCUCACAAGUAUGGCCACAAGUCCCUUGGUCCUAAGGAAGCAGAACCUAAUAUCCGAACAUUCAGUGAGGAACAACUGAAAGCUGGUGAAGGUGUUAUUGGAUUACAGUAUGGAACAAAUAAAGGUGCUACUGCAAGUGGAAUAGUCUUUGGUAACACUCGCCACAUGUAGAUGUGUUAUUUUCCUAUUGUUCAUAUAUAUCAACCAAUUUCUGAUACUCAGAUUACAACAAUUGGCCCCAAACAAAGCCAGUCAUACUUCAAAAACGAAAGAUCUAAAUCUCCAUAAGACUAAUAACAGUUAUAGCUAGGUCUAUCAGAAUGAACAUAGAUUGGUAGUAUGUUACACAAUAUUCCGAUAGUUUUGUAAUGACCUGUUGCCCACCCUUGAGUACAAAACUUUAAGGAGUCAAGAAUUCGAAAGUCCUUAUUAGAGAAUUAAGUAAAGUGUUAAAAUCCUGAAAAUUGUUCUUUUUAAUUCUUAUCUAAAAAAAUCAUUAAAAUAUUUGAAACCAGCUUUUGUCAAAGUUAAAGCCAUGUUGUUGCAAUGAUCUUUACAGUUUUCUGAUCUAUCCCUAUUUACACUGAUUAAAAGCUUAAGUCAACGUAUUCACUUUAACUUUGCUGGGUCUUCCAAUAUAAUUACUUGUAUAACAUUCCUUUUUCUACCAUUGAAAUGGUGUCUAAUCUAAAAUUUGUACAAUCUCCAACUUUCGUUUUUGUUUUAUCAGGUUAACAAAGUAGCCUGUCAUGAUGUUUAUAGUGUUCACUUAUUUUUGAAAAUGCGUAUAUAUUUGUUUUUCCUUUUUAAUUUGAGCGAACAUUUUAGUUAAUAUCAGACUUGUAUCAGCAUAAGUUUUAAUUUUGUUGAUAGUAAAAACAUUUUGUAGAUAAGCUCAUUGUCAAAAGUGAAAAACGUAUAAAUAAAGCAACAAAAUCUGCAAUACUUAAAAUCAAGUCUGAAACUGAUUACCCCAGUGACAUUAAUGUUCUCUUUUUAAUUUACAUUAAUUCAUCUUUAUUCUGCGCGUGUGUGUAUAAGUGACCAAUUGUAUCAUACGAGCAUGAAGUUAAAAGUCAGCCAAUAAAAAUUUUAUGAAAAAAA